UCUGGAGUGUGUGUGCCUGGUGUUUGUGUGUCUGGUGUUUGUGUGUGUCUGGAGUGUGUGUAUGGUGUGUGUGUAGUGGGGCGUGUAGGUUACUAGGUCCUAACCUUUUUCUGUUAUUUUUAUCGGUCCCCACAUCCUGCUCUCUCUCGCUCUAUCUCUCUGUCUCCACCCUUCAUUCACUCUCACCACCCUCCAUAGCCACUUUAACUGCAGUACACACACACACACACAACAAAAGUCCAUAUCUGCUUCUUCAGUCAAAAACAAACGUCCAGUCAAAUUGGGUUUUGUGGAGAAGGAGGAAGGAGAGAAGAUGACUACUCUCAGAACAACAGUAGUCGUUUUACUGGGUUUCUACACCUUCUGCCAGGAGACAAGAACCUCAGUCCUAGGAGCCUCAGUCCCAGGAACCUCAGUCCCAGGAACCUCAGUCCCGGGAACCUCAGUCCCAGGAACCUCAGUCCCAGGAACCUCAGUCCCAGGAGCCUCAGUCCCGGGAACCUCAGUCCCAGGAGCCUCAGUCCCAGGAACCUCAGUCCCAGGAACCUCAGUCCCAGGAGCCCCAGUCCCAGGAGCCUCAGUCCCAGGAGCCUCAGUCCCAGGAACCUCAGUCCCAGGAACCUCAGUCCCAGGAGCCUCAGUCCCAGGAGCCUCAGUCCCAGGAACCUCAGUCCCAGGAACCUCAGUCCCAGGAGCCUCAGUCCCAGAAACCUCAGUCCCAGGAGCCUCAGUCACAGGAACCUCAGUCCCAGGAACCUCAGUCCCAGGAACCUCAGUCCCAGGAGCCUCAGUCCCAGGAACCUCAGUCCCAAGAGCCUCAGUCCCAGGAACCUCAGUCCCAAGAGCCUCAGUUCCAGGAGCCUCAGUCCCAGGAACCCCAGUCCCAGGAACCCCAGUCCCAGGAACCUCAGUCCCAGGAGCCUCAGUCCCAGGAACCUCAGUCCCAGGAACCUCAGUCCCAGGAGCCUCAGUCCCAGGAGCCUCAGUCCCAGGAGCCUCAGUCCCAGGAACCUCAGUCCCAGGAGCCUCAGUCCCAGGAACCUCAGUCCCAGGAGCCUCAGUCCCAGGAGCCUCAGUCCCAGGAGCCUCAGUCCCAGGAACCUCAGUCCCAGGAGCCUCAGUCCCAGGAGCCUCAGUCCCAGGAGCCUCAGUCCCAGGAGCCUCAGUCCCAGGAACCUCAGGCCCAGAAGCCUCAGUCCCAGGAGCCUCAGUCCCAGGAACCUCAGUCCCAAGAGCCUCAGUCCCAGGAACCUCAGUCCCAAGAGCCUCAGUUCCAGGAGCCUCAGUCCCAGGAACCCCAGUCCCAGGAACCCCAGUCCCAGGAACCUCAGUCCCAGGAGCCUCAGUCCCAGGAACCUCAGUCCCAGGAACCUCAGUCCCAGGAGCCUCAGUCCCAGGAGCCUCAGUCCCAGGAGCCUCAGUCCCAGGAGCCUCAGUCCCAGGAACCUCAGUCCCAGGAGCCUCAGUCCCAGGAACCUCAGUCCCAGGAGCCUCAGUCCCAGGAGCCUCAGUCCCAGGAGCCUCAGUCCCAGGAACCUCAGUCCCAGGAGCCUCAGUCCCAGGAGCCUCAGUCCCAGGAGCCUCAGUCCCAGGAGCCUCAGUCCCAGGAACCUCAGGCCCAGAAGCCUCAGUCCCAGGAGCCUCAGUCCCAGGAGCCUCAGUCCCAGGAGCCUCAGUCCCAGGAGCCUCAGUCCCAGGAGCCUCAGUCCUAGGCAGACCGUUGCUGUACGGCCCCUCAACAGCCCUAGAGAAGACUGUAGAAGAAUUCCAGUGUGAAGUGCUGCAUUACCCUAAAGAAGAGUCCAUCCUCUACCAGCUAUUCAGGGAAGGUGACCGGUCCAAGACCUUAGGCUUCUACAGUGCUCUGUCUGGUGAGAUGGCCAAUUUCCCUCUGUUCAUCACUGCUUCCUACGAGGGCUACAUGGUGUGUGUAGCCAGCGUCCAGAACAACACAGUAAUACAACCCACAGUCAGUCAAAGACACCACCUCAGAGUAGUCGCCCCAGUCAACGGUGCAGAGGUUGUAGUCCAAUCAGGGUCUGUGGAGUUCUACGAAGGGAAGCCACUGUCCCUACGUUGUAACAUCACCAAAGGGAACCACGUCUCCUACCAGUGGCUGGUGGAUGGGAAGCCCCUCCCCCUGUCUCCUUUACACAAUCAGACACAGGAACAACUCUUCAUCUACAGGAUGGUGCUCGAGGACAGCGGGGAGUACACCUGUGUUGCUACCAACCAACUCAACUUGACCGAGGUCUACUCCUCCAGGAGCACUGCCAAGGUCAUCAAGGUCAAAGAGCUCGUGUCUGAACCGGACCUCCACAUCCUGGUACUGAAGGAAACAGACGGGACCUACAUUGCCCACGUCACGUGUCAAUCACUCAAUGGGACUCCGCCCAUCACCUUCUCCCUCUACAGCAGGUCAGAGUUCAUCAGCACGGAGACGGUUGACGAGCGAUUCGCCACGUUCUCUAUUCCAGUGGUUCUAGAUCUCCACAUGGGCUUUCUACAGUGUCAGGCGGAGAACGGAGACCGGGUGGUGUACGGUCAGUGGAAGGCCAUGCACGUUGUUCCAGUAGGUGGAGCUGUGACGAUGCACUACGACACCGACGUGGGAGAAAACUUCUCCAUUGUGGGCCUGACGUUCUACUGUUCCGUGGAGAGGGGAACCUUUCCCCAGUACCGCUGGUUCCUCAACGGAACUGUUCUAGAAGGCCGUGGAGACUUCUACUGGGUGCAGAACCAGACGGGGCAAUCCAUUUUGUUGUUAUCUGUGGGGAAGAGCAGUGCCGGAACGUACCAUUGUGAUGUGUCCGACAGCUUUGAUGGCACUACGGUGAUCAGCAGUGAGGAGAGGUACAUCGAUAAAGAAGUGUUGAACCACCUCCCUACCGUGGUGGUGGCUGUUGUGUUCGGCUGUUUCCUCUUCCUGGUUACCUUGGUGACCACAUGUUGUUUCAUUGGUCUGCUGUACGGGAAAAGACAGUAUCUUGUUGAAACGUCUACGCUGGAUCUCAAGUUGGGUCUGGAGAUGCACAACAUAAUGGUGUCUGAUGAUGAUGAAGAGUUCCUGGGUCGCCCGUGCAUUAUGGAUGAAGAGGAAUACAUGGAGGAUGAGGGAGUGGUAAGAGCAGCCAGAAUCGUUGACUCAGAUCAGGGGGAAGUAGAAUCAACAGACGAGUGGCUGUGGCUACAACAGGAACUGAAGACCUUGGAGGAUGAAAUUCCAGAAAAUAGCUUUUAAAUUCUACAACCAUCUAAAAAGAAGCGAUUCCUACACAUUCCAUCACAAAGCCCUCACCUACAGAGAGAUGAACCUAGAGAAGAGACCCCUCAGCCAGCUGAUUCUGGGGCGCUGUUCACAAACACAAACAGACCCCACAGAGUCCCAGGACAGCAACACCAAUUUGUAAGUCGCUCUGGAUAAGAGCGUCUGCUAAAUGACUUAAAUGUAAAUGUAAACACAAUUAGACUCAACCAAGUUAUGAGGAAGCAAAAAGAGAACUAUUUGACAUACUGGAAGUAAUCACCCCAAAAAACAGAGCAAAUUAAAAUGCUAUCUGGCCCUAAACAGAGAGUACACAAUGGCAGAAUACCUGACCACUGUGACUGACCCAAAAUUAUGUACAGACUCAGUGAGCAUAGCCUUGCUAUUGAGAAAGGCCGCUGUAGGCAGACCUGUCUCUCAAGAGAAGACAGGCUAUGUGCACACUGCCCUCAAAAUGAGGUGGAAACUGAGCUGCACUUCCUAACCUCCUGCCAAAUAUAUGACCAUAUUAGAGACACGUAUUUCCCUCAGAUUAAAUAGACCCACAAAGGAUUUGAAAAUAAAUUAAACAUUGAUAAACUCCCAUAUCUUCUAGGCGAAAUACCAGUGUGCAAUCACAGCAGCAAGAUUUGUGGCCGUUGCCAUGAGAAAAGCGCAGCCAGUGGAGCACAAACAACAUUGUAAAUACUACCUAUACUUGUGUUCAUUUAUCUUCCCCUACUAUUCGUACUACAACUAUUUGCACGUUGCUAAAACAUUGUACAUAGCUAAUAAUAUAACACUUGAAAUGUAUUUUUCAAACCUUUGUGACUGCAAUGUUUACUGUUCAUUUCUAAUAGUUUUUUGUUAAUAUUGUUUUGUCUUCUCGCUUUUGUUUGUUGUUUAUAUCACUUGCUUUGGCAAUAUAAACACAUGUAUUCCAUGCAAAUAAAACCCAUUUGAAUUGAAACUGAA